AGAAACCUUUUUAGAAAUCGCAGUGACAGCUUUUCUUCGACAUUGACGAAAAUUUUCUCACGCGAUUUAUUAUUAAUUUUCUCGUGAAAAUUUAACCAGCCCACCUGUCCGGGUGUUCGCAUAAGGGAUUCAACAUCACAAUCCAUCCGAUAAAUACUUCAUUUGCCCAUGAACGAGUGAGGAAAAGUAAAUCAUCUUCAAUGCCAUACGUUCUGGUGAGAGGGAAUUUGGCGUCGUAUAGUCACAAAUACCCAUGGAGAGUACUCGUGUCUGGACUUAAAGCUGCGGAUAUCGAGCAGUUGAAUAGAUUUCCUUGUGGUGGCUAUAGUGAUGAGUCGACUAUUGUCUACUUGCAGCAUCCCUGUGUAAUUUUAACAGCUCUGGAGGUUCUGGGCUAUAGAGUUGUAGCAUCAUCAUCAACAGCGGUGAAGCAGGAUUACAACGAAUAUAUGUGGACUAUGCGCAAGGAAUUCAACGAACCAGAACCCUUUACGGACACCACUGUUGGUGAGAGAGAUAAUAUUGCCAAUUUUGGCCGAGAAUCCCUUUCAGGCGUACACAAAGUUGACGUUCCGGAAUAAAUUUGCAGUUUUAACAACAUAAAAAUACACACAAACACCGUAAAGAGAAAAAAGAAAAGAGCCCUCAAGGAUGGAAUCAACGAGUCCCGUUAACACCAAAGUCAUUCCCAUUCCAGUUCAUGGCCUUCACGAGGGCACAUACACCUAUGUUGCCGUCAAGGGGUCCCUACAUGCAUCUGAGAGCGCCAUUUUUGGGUUGAGCAAGGAAGAAGAGGCGGCAAUAACGAAGAAAUUCGAAAUGAAUCCCAAUAAGAUUGUCGGUGGGGUUUUUGUUAAGAGUAGCCCCAUUCACAUGAUUAAUGUUUUGGGGCAAUUGGGCUAUCAAGUUGUUUGUAGUACGGGUGAAACUGAAGUUGUGUGGACAAUGCAGAGGGAAGUUUAAGAAGCGCAGCAAGAAGCAGCAUUUAUUGGGCAAUUUUUGUUCAUCUUCAUUAUUGAUUUUUUUGUUAAGUGCAGUAUUUAAACUAUUUUCUUACUAAAACAAAAAACUUUAGUGUGUGUGUUGCAAGAAAAGAAAACUCUCACAGGUGUUUGGAAGAAGAAGAAGAAGGAAUGACUGAACAUAGGCACGUGGCAGGGGGUGACGGAGGGUGCAAAUGCCACCCUUCGGCAGCUGCUCAAACACUCGACGAGAUGGAUUUUGAACGGGGAAUCUGGACUGCGGGUAAGAUUUUCUUUAAUUUUUAAUUUAAUUUGAUAAAUAAAUUGUUCGUCAAAUAAAUUAGAUGAAAAUAGGUUUUCUUUGGCUUUUUGGGGUCUUUGAUAAUAAAUUUUUCCUUAAAAAAUUUUUGAUGAAACAAUUGGUGUCAGCGGUGGGAUACAGAGAUCCCACCGCUGCCACCAAUUGUAUGAAUAAUCUUUUGUGUGAUAAUGUGAAAAGACUUUUUUUUGUCUUAAAAAAAUCUUUCUUGGCAGCACUUUAUGGGGAUCUGGAACGUUUGGAUGUGGCCAUUGGGCGUGGAGCUACAAAUGAUUGUGACAAUGCAGGCUAUACGGCUCUUCACUACGCCGCCCGGGCUGGGCACAUGGAGGCCUGCCGGAAGCUCAUAGCGGCAGGAGCGGAUGUGAAUUGUACGACAAAUGGUGGUGUGACGCCCCUCCAUCGGGCUGCAAUGAUGGGACGAUGGGAGAUUGUGGAGUUUCUCUGCAAACGUGGCGCCAAUUUGACUACAACUGACUCCGAUGGGCAAACUGCUCUCCACAGAGCCGCCCAAGGGGGUCACACACAGACAGUGGAGCUCCUCAUAGGCCUAGAACCGUCCCUGAGAGAAUUCACCGAUAACCGCGGACGACGUCCUGCUGAUUUAGCCUCAAACAGCAAUCUCCGCAAUAUUCUAGAAUCCCCCGAAAAGAUUUAAAAGAAAUUCCCUCCGUUGAGUUUAAUUUUUCGCAAUAAAAUCAUCUUCAGGAGGCAAUUUAAUAUAUUAUAUUGUAUUAUUAAUAUUAAUAUUGUUACGAGGUUACAUUUUAAAAUACAGAAUAUUUCUUUCUUUCCUUUUUUGUGACUUGAAA